GGCCUUGACGGAGGAGGGCCAUGAUGCCAAUUUACACGCUUUCUUUGUACGUGGAUAGAGUAAAGACACGAGAAAGCACGCUGCUCUGACAGACCCACAGACACACCGCUGACUCGUCGUGGCUGAGCCCGGCCGGUAUCAGACCACAGAGCGGACCGAACACAGAGAGGAACAGACCCGCGGGAAAGUGGGAAGCCUCGAGUGAGGAAGAAGAAAGAGGAAACUAAGCCAACGAUGUCUGGGCUCAAGAAGAGAAACUCCAAUUCCUCGGCAGACAGGGAGGAGGACAAGCAGGUUACGGAGAGGAUGCUGUCCCCGGGCAGCGGGGAUAAGGAGGACUCCAACCAGGGCGGAGCACCGGGAGGCGACGCCAAGAGCCCCAACAACGCCGCCGGAGGAGAGGAAGGAGUCACGCUGAAGAGGACCAUCACCCUGGUGAACGGCGUGGCCAUCAUUGUUGGCACCAUCAUAGGCUCGGGCAUCUUCGUCACACCGACCGGCGUGGUGAAGGAGGCCGGCUCGGUGGGUCUGUCCCUGGUCGUGUGGGCGGUGUGUGGGGUGUUCUCCACGGUGGGAGCCCUCUGCUACGCGGAGCUGGGGACCACCAUCAGCAAGUCCGGGGGGGACUAUGCCUACAUCCUGGAGGUGUACGGCUCCCUGCCGGCUUUCCUCAAACUCUGGAUCGAGUUGCUCAUCAUCCGGCCGUCCUCGCAGUACAUCGUCGCCUACGUUUUCGCCACCUACCUCAUCAAGCCCCUGUUCCCCGUGUGCCCGGUGCCGGAGAACGGGGCCAAGGUCGUGGCCUGCCUCUGCAUCCUCUUGUUGACGUUUGUGAACUGCUACAGUGUGAAGGCGGCCACCAGAGUGCAAGACUUCUUCGCCGCGGCCAAGCUCCUGGCGCUCGGACUCAUCAUCAUCAUCGGCUUCGUCAAGAUUGGCCAAGGUGGCACAGAUGGUCUUCUUCCAGAAAAUUCAUUCAAAGGGUCAAAAUAUGAGUUUGGCAGCAUUGGCUUGGCCCUCUACAGCGGCCUUUUUGCCUACGGUGGCUGGAACUACUUGAAUUUUGUCACUGAGGAGAUGAUUGAGCCUUACAAAAACCUUCCUCGUGCCAUCAUCAUCUCUCUGCCCAUUGUGACAGCAGUGUACGUUCUGACCAACCUGGCAUAUUUCACCACCCUCACCCCUGAGCAGAUGCUCGGCUCACAGGCCGUGGCUGUGGAUUUUGGUAACCAACACCUAGGUCCGAUGGCAUGGAUCAUCCCAGUGUUUGUAGGUCUGUCCUGCUUUGGAUCAGUCAACGGCUCUCUGUUCACAUCAUCCAGGUUAUUCUUUGUGGGUUCCCGGGAGGGUCACCUGCCCAGUUUGCUGUCAAUGAUCCACCCCACCCUGCUGACCCCGCUGCCCUCACUGAUAUUCACUUGCUUGAUGACACUGCUCUACGCCUUCUCCAACGACAUCUUCUCCGUCAUAAACUUCUUCAGCUUCUUCAACUGGCUCUGCAUCGCCAUGGCAAUCGUCGGGAUGAUGUGGCUCCGUUAUAAGAAGCCAGAGCUGGAGCGACCAAUCAAGGUGAAUAUUCUGCUGCCAGUGAGCUUCGUGCUGGCCUGCAUCUUCCUCAUCAUCGUUUCCUUCUGGAAGACUCCAGUGGAGUGUGCGAUCGGCUUCGGCAUCAUCGCCACCGGAAUUCCCGUCUACUUAGUCGGCGUGUGGUGGAAGAGCAAACCCGAGUGGCUGCAGCAUGGAAUCUUCUCGACCACAGUCAUGUGUCAGAAGAUGAUGGAGGUGGUGCCUCAGUCCUAAAAGCCAGCGGCCAAUCGGGUUGCACCAACCCUCUGACCUCUGGGCUCUGACAUCACAGCUGAUGAAGCUGGACCUCUGUUGACCCCUCUCAACCCAAUCUCUCUCUCUCUCUCUCUCACACACACACACCCCCGUCUGCUGGGUGCUGAUAAGGACCUGAUGAAGACACACAGGCGAUUUUUGGCCACGGUGUCUCAGCGGUCUUCAACUGUUUUCCUUUUGUUUCUUAUGUUGCUGACAUUUGGGUUGUCAUUUGAGUAUGGACUAUUUUUAGUCACUAACAAUCAUUUUUCAUAGGCUGUUGUGCAUUGUCGUUUUUAUGAUGCAUUUCAAUGAAUUUGUUGGGGUUUUUUUUUUUUUUACUGCUGUUAUUUUGUGAAUAAGUUCAUGUAAAAUAUCCUCCCUCAUCAGAACCCUGUUGUAUUUAACAAGCUGUGCCUUAUGUGGCAAAUGAAGGCGUACCUGUCAGGUAUGGCAGUUGCGGUUGACGGAGGCUGCGGUCAGCCCUGGCACUGACCUGCAAACAGCUAUAAACGGAGCUCUCUCAAGAGUCAAACCUUUGCAACCAGGAGCUUUUAAAAAAAAAAAAAUCCCGGAAGAAUUUAAUUUCAAUCUCCUGCAACCAACCUUUGCUUUCAAGUAGAAGUUGGAGGUUAGCUUAGUCAGAUAUUCAUGAGACUUCGCAUUGGAAACCUGUGGUCCUGCAGUAUUUACAAUUCUUCUAAAAGUAUUGUGUUGUUGCUUGCUGGUCGACGGUGCGACAUUUCGGUCACUGUAAUGUCCGUUACCACUCAGUGUCUGUCUGUCUGUUGACUUUUAGCCCUGCCCUUUGUUGUUUUUUGGUGACCCGGUCUGGUUUUAAAGUCGUCUAUGCUGCUGUAGGAAGUGAGUGAAGAUGAAUGGAGAUCUUGGUGUGUUACAGAUGUUUCCAAUUUUUACAUUGAGACUGUUGACAAAUGUCUCCUGUAGGCCGUGUUCAGCUUUCAUUAGACAGCUGAAUUAUACACAUGCAGAUAGGUAGUCAGUAAUUUAAUGUUAGUUAGUAUCUAUGCUCAGUUGUCGGGCUAACUAAAUUGCUCAGAGCGAGUAGGAAGUUUUCUGUUAAGUCAUGUUUUUUGUUCAAAGCCUACCUACAUAUUUCUGUCUCAAGCAUUACACUGGUGGUAAACAUGAUCCAGUAUAGUUAUGUCACCUCACAGGAUUUCUGGGUAUUGGAGUUUAAUUGCUAUUGAAGUUGCAUUGCUCUUUAAAUCGUCCUGUGGUCAGACUGAGGGUGCUGCAUAUACCGGAAUGGGAAAUUGUAUUGUGACCAUCGCUGAAAAGUGGGUCAGAAUUCAAAUUAUGUGCUUUUUUCCUGCUGUUGAUUAUUUUUUGGGUCAGCGAUCUCAAUUUCACUGGGGAUCAAUAUCUCAGUGUAUUGAGCCGGCUCACAGAGCUCCGUUACAUGACACUGACAGUGUUUUUCUUUUUUUUAAGAGACAGUAUGAACUGUUUUUAUUUCUCAUCCUCAUGUUUUGUUUUUACACGUUCACGCACAGCGACAGUUAUAACUGUAUUAUUAACGUCGACCCUCCUCCUGGCAGCGGACCAAAAGUAAAUGUCACUGCGGGGGCGUUGUUUCCGUAGAGACACAGUGUGAGCGCUGUAGAGGCUGUGGAGUUGUUGCCAUGGAGACAGCGCUGGUGGAUGUAGGAGGGGCUAAUGUGUAUGUUUUAGAGGUAGAACCUUUCUAACACUCCAGCCAUCGCACGAAGCCGAUGGGAAACUAACCUGAAUAGGACUGUAGAAAGUUUAUUUAUUUAUUUUUAGGAAACUUUGUUGUUCAUUGUUAUAAGUCCUUCUAAUUUGUUUACAGGGCAUUUUGUGGAAAGUGCUUUACAAAUAAAUCUUGAGUUUUUUUUCCA